CAUGCAUGCAUGCUGAGCCGAGUCUCCCAAUAGUACUUAAAGAGGGCUAUCUGCUCGACCUGAUGAUAAGAAAUCUUGAACGGUAGGAUUGAGCAGGCCUGUACCUUGUUUCUUUUGUCGUCUUUCUCGUGAUUGAUUCCCUCCUGGCCGCAUCAUGCUUCCCUACGUUGUCCUUCUGCUGUUCGCAGCCCUGGUGAACGCCUAUUCCGACCCAGGGGCCUGCUCCGGGUCUUGCUGGGCUCACGAUCCCAACGUCAUCCGCCGCAAGACCGAUGGCAAGUUCUUUCGCUUUUCCACCGGUCUGGGGAUCUUGAUCUCGUCCGCCAGCGCCAUCACAGGUCCGUGGACGGAUCUGGGGUACGUGCUGCCCAAUGGCUCGUCGGUGACGGUGGGGAAUGCAUCCAAUCUCUGGGCCCCGGACGUACACUACGAUAGUGGCACCUACUAUCUGUACUAUGCCAGUUCGACCCUGGGCAGCCAGAGCUCGACGAUCGGAGUUGCAACCUCGACGACGCUGGAGGCCGGCUCGUGGACGGACCACGGCACCAUUGGGCUGACCUCCUCGUCGGCCGACCCGUACAACGCGAUCGAUGCCAACUGGAUCUCCAUCGGCGGCGUGGGCUACCUGCAAUGGGGCUCGUACUGGCAUGGCCUGUACCAGGCGCCCAUGACCAGCUCGCUGCAGAUCAGCUCCUCCACCCCGACCAACCUGGCGUACAAUGCCUCGGGGAACCAUGCCAUUGAGGCGAGCUACCUGUUCGAGUACGGCGGGUACUACUACCUGACCUUCUCGUCGGGACAGGCGCAGGGCUACACCAGUGGGCUACCCGCGCAGGGGAUGGAGUACCGGGUGGUCGUGUGCCGUUCGAAGACCGGGACUGGCAGUUUUGUCGACAAGAACGGUGUCGCAUGCACCAACAGCGGUGGUACCACCGUUCUAGCAAGUCAUGACUACGUUUAUGGCCCCGGCGGACAGGGCAUCAUCAACACCACCAACCACGGCAUCGUCCUCUACUACCACUACGCCAACCCCAACAUCGGCCUCGACACCUCGCAAUACCAGUUCGGAUGGAACACCCUGACCUGGGUGAACGGGUGGCCGACGGUUGCCUAGUAUGACUUUGACUACUUCAGUAUUCUACUCAGUUUAUCUUACGGAGUCGAGCUAUGCCCCUUACCCAAUCUUUCUUUUUAUUUGUUUCCAAUGUCAUUAAUGCAAUCCCCAAGAAUUGCGCAAAAGAUUGGGUGGAUCUGCGAUGUGGCAAACCAAUGCGAUCGGAUCAACAAACAAACCACCAACCUGGAACCUUAGCUAGGCUGAGUCAGGUAACGCCUGCCUGAUCGGGUAAUUCAUCGUCAUGACUCGGGACCUCGUUUGGUUGUCUUGGAGAUCCGGUGAAUUGAAUCGCAGGCGUGAUACCUUGGGAACGCCCUUGUCAGGGGGGGGAGUGAAUUGGGUUGCUAUUUUCACAUUUGCAUAUAUUUCUCGCGUGAAUUACAUACUAGUCGUGGGUAGCGUUGGGCGGGAUACGAUUUUUGCAUAUACUACUACAUAUUAAAUACUUGCCUGACUUCUACCUUGAUCAAUAAGUUAC